GAGAAUCGCAUUCGCUCCCUCCCGAAUCACCAGCUCCUUACCAUGUCGAUGGCGGCGGCGGCAGUGGCGAUGGCGGCGGCACCGGCUGCGGCCGCGAAGGCCACGAAUACCUUUUUAUUUUCCCAGAAAACACACUCGCCUCUCACCCCCAAUCUCCGAUUCGCGACCCGCGCCUCCUUCCCGAAAUACCCCUACUUUUCCCGAUCUGCCCCCGAUCCCCUCCUCCUCUCCACCGCCCCCCGCUCCACUACCACCCCCUCGUCCCCCUCGCCGACCACCUACCACGGUCCCUGCUACGUCCUCGGCGACAACAUCGACACCGACCAGAUCAUCCCGGCGGAGCACCUGACCCUCGUCCCCUCCAAGCCCGACGAGUACCGCAAGCUCGGCUCCUUCGCCCUCUCCGGCCUCCCAUCCACCGCCUACCCCGUACCCUUCAUUCCCCCGGGCUCCGAUGCCACCCACUUUCCGGUCGUCAUCGCCGGCGCCAACUUCGGGUGCGGCUCCUCGCGCGAGCACGCCCCCGUCGCCCUUGGCGCCUCCGGCGUUCGCGCCGUUGUCGCCGAGUACUAUGCUCGGAUCUUCUUCCGGAACUCCGUCGCCACCGGCGAGAUCUACCCCUUGGAGUCCGAGGAGACGGGGAUCUGGAAGGAGUGUACCACCGGGGACAUCGUCACCGUCGAUCUCGCCGAGAGCCGAUUGAUCAACCAUACCACGGGGAAGGUGUACCGGUUGAAGCCGAUCGGAGACGCGGGGCCGGUGAUCGAGGCUGGGGGGAUCUUCGCCUAUGCGAGGAAGACUGGGAUGAUUGCUUCGGCAUCGACGGCUUAGAGUAAAGGUCAGUGGAACUCUGUUCAUCAGUGUCGGUAGCAGUUAUGGGACUCAGGCCAGAGCAACAUUACAUGUAGAUCUGGGUUCAUCGUUCUUCUAAUAAUUGAGGUUUCCUCUUUAAGAACAAAAUGCAGGACAUAAUUCUCUUACUGCAUCUCCUAUUGCAGACCAGUCAGUUUCUCUUGAUGAAAUAUAGCCGUCAUCUAUUUAGUCUUUAUUGCUCUACGUAACUACAUUACUCUAUUUGAGUUGCGAGAUCAGAUGGAGCCUAGGAAGGGGGAACAUGUUUUGUAUCUCGAUGUAUAAAUGAUCAGUAUAUCUUUAUGUCCACACAGUGAUGUGGAACUACAGCUUGUUUGGAUGUCUAGAGUCAGCAUUAUAUGCAGAUUUGGCUUGUUCAUGCAA